AUGUGUGCUUAUGGCCACGUUGCCAAUGCCGUUAAGAAACAGACAAAGUGUAAACCUCGUGGACAAACAUCAUCAGUUCACAACCCAGUUCCUAUGCUGGCUCCCCUCACAUCUUCGGCACCUUCACUUCAAACUCCACCAGCAUCGGUAGCUGCAACUCCUACAACGUCUGAUUCACUGCCUAGAUCUCAUCAUGUGGAUAAGCAUCAAGAGGUAGAGCCUAACCGGGCAUAUUAUACCACACAUGGGCAGUUUGCCGGCCAGGUUGCUGCUGCCAUUGAUAUGAGGGCAGGGCUCAUUCCCACCGCUUGUCAUCAGAUCCCACUCGUAGAUGCGCCGCUAUUUGGAGAUCUUGAUCUACCUUCUCAAUCCUGUCUUUUGUCUUCGUCGACCGAAUUGCCUCCCCGGGCAUAUGGCGAUCAAUUGAUUGACAUAUACUGGCAGUACGUUGACCCUAUGGAGCCAGUGCUAGAUCGCCAGCGCUUCCUUGAAAAUUAUGAAAAAGCAUAUUCAACACCUAUGAUGCCACCCUACAAAGACUACGACGUCUGGCUUGGUAUUCUCAAUGUAGUGUUUGCCCUGGCGAUUCAAAGACAAGAAAACAUCAUACUGCACCAAAGAAACGAGGAAGGAAAUUGCUUUUUUCAGCGCGCAUGGGCCCUGCUUCCGGCAGAGUCUAUGCUAUGGAAACCCGCAUCACUUGAACUCGUACAGUGCCUGAUGCUGAUGAAUCGAUACCUCCACUGCACCAACAAUCAACAGAAGACAUGGAUGACGGCGGGGUUGGCGAUGCGAAUUGCACAGAACAUGUGCUGCCAUCUGUCCGAGAUGCCCUUGGUGCACGGAUUUAGUGAUAACAAAGCCCUGAAACAGAAGGUAUGGGCUAGCUGUGUUGCGCUCGAUCGAUGCAUUUCCUGGUCACUGGGUAAGACCUCGUCAUUGGUGCUAAUACCAUCCCCGCCAAAAGCUAGCUCCCAACAAUUAGCCCAGAAAGCGAUGCAUGAUACCUGGGGAUUGGGACUCCACGAAAUCGGAAAUCAAAUUCAGUUGGCGCAGAUACAGACGCGAACUAGUCUCGCAGGCAGGUUUCGCCCUCCAGUCCUAUCUCAGCAAGACGAGUACCAGAAUGCGGCAUUGCAACUAGAUGCAUGCCUUCAAGAUUGGGAAAAUAGUCUCCCCAGCGAUUGGCAGUCGCAAAACCUCAGAAUGAUUGUUGACAGGUCGUCCCGAGCUGAGCGAUACUUGCUUCAUCUUCGCUACCUCCACCACCGGAUCUUUCUAUUCAGACCUAUGCUCGCCCACUUCUACUCAAUGAAAACAGACACCCACCCCUCACUAAAACCACAAAGUCUAAGCCACCGGCUCCUACGUGAAAGUGCCAGCAUGUGCAUUGAAGCCGCGCAGCAGGUGACCUCACUAGUUAACGAGACGCUCGAGUCAGAUGAGCCAAUCGGAAUUCUUCCAUGGUGGUACAGAAUAUACUACCUUCACAUCGCAGGUGCCAACUUCCUCGCAGCUAUGUUCCAAUCAGAACUUUUCACAGAUUCUGUUUCCCAGUCUUGGAAGAGUGUGCUUCUGGCACUUCACGCCCAUGAACACUUAAGCCCCUACGUUCAGCAAUGUGUGUGGACAUUUGAGACCCUCGCGGCCAGGAUUAUGGGCAAGCCUUACCCCAGUAUGGAUGGCAGUGGGUGUGACUUGAUGGUAGAUGGGUCUUCUGAAGUUUCUUUCGAUGAUAUUUUCAAGGAUGUCAACUUUGACUUCGACAAUUUUAUAUUUGGGCCAGAGGACUUCUCAGAAGGGUUGGUUUAG